AGAACACUAGAUGGAUCAGAAAGAGCAGAAAGGCAAGAUGAAUGAAGUUAAGCUUUCUGUCUUGGGUGGUGAAGGCACCGGCAAGUCUGCCCUUACUGUAAGGUUUCUUACUAAGCGAUUCAUUGGAGAAUAUGCUUCUAAUUUUGAGUCUAUCUAUAAUAAGCAUUUGUGUUUGGAAGGGAAGCAACUGAAUCUGGAAAUAUAUGACCCUUGUUCUCAAUUGCAGAAAGCAAAAUUCUCUCUCACAAGUAAACUUCACUGGGCAGAUGGGUUUGUUAUUGUGUAUGACAUCAGUGACAGAUCUUCGUUUGCUUUUGCAAAAGCCCUUAUCUACAGAAUUCGGGAGCCACAAGCUAGUCAUUGCAAAAGAGCUGUGGAACAGGCAGUACUUUUGGUUGGCAACAAGCAAGACCUCUGUCAUGUGCGUGAGGUUGGCUGGGAAGAAGGAGAAAAGCUGGCACUGGAUAACCGAUGCCAAUUCUGUGAACUGUCUGCAGCAGAGCAGUCUCUGGAAGUAGAAAUGAUGUUCAUCAGAAUUAUCAAGGAUAUUCUUACAAACUUCAAGCUCAAAGAAAAGAGAAGAUCCAGUGGAUCUAAGUCAAUGGCCAAAUUGAUCAAUAAUGUAUUUGGAAAGAGAAGAAAGUCUGUUUAGCAGCCAUAUAAUCCUAGGGGAUUUAUUAUGCCAGAGUUUCAAACAUUCACAUGGUAAUUAAACCUAUCUGUUGUUUGCUUUUUUUGUUGUUGUUGGGUUGGUGGUACCAGAGAUUGAACUCAGGGGCACCUGGCCACUGACCCACAUCCCCAGCCCUAUAUUGUAUUGUAUUUAGACAGGGUGUCAUUGAGUUGCUUAGCGCCUGUCUUUUGCUGAGGCUGGCUUUGAACUCCAGAUCCUCCUGCCUCAGCCUCCUGAGCCACUGGGAUUACAGGUGUCACCAUGCCUAGCCAUUGUUUGCAAUCUUUAGAAAAAAAAAUUGUCUGAGAUAUGAAAUGAUUGAACGUGAACCAACCUGCAUUUUCAAAUGUGUAGUUUGCUUUUGGUUGAUUGUAUGCAGUUCAUGCUGCUUCACACAUAACCUUUCAUUUGUUGAACAAAAAAGGACUCACUGCAAUCUACUGGUAGAUUGUUAUCCAUGGUGCCUUGCCAAGUCAACUCUGCUCAUGUAAUUUUAUUAAGCUACCAUACCAUAGUCUGUGGUUUAACUUUAAUUUAUUUAUUUCUUUGAAAUAAAUGAGCAAUUAUCUUCAUAGCAUUAAUAUAAGGUUUGACUUAUCAAUUUGUGAAAGUUCUCCAUCUAUUUAACAGAAAUGCAUGGAUUUACUUUAGAAAUGUCUUUACAAUAAUAUAGUGACCUACAUUACAUUUUAUGUAUUUAGAUAAAAAUAUAA